AUGACUAGUAAUGACAUUACACACGUCUCGUCAACACAAAGUAUAUCGACGGCCAACACCGGAUCAAUGAAUGCUCCCGAGUGCUACGGCUGUCACAAUGUCAUUAAUGGGCAAUAUUUACUUAAAGCACUCGAUCAUCUCUGGCACGAUGAUUGUCUCAAAUGUGUUUGUUGUGAUUGUCGUCUCAUCGAAGUCGGAUCCACUCUCUUCACUAAAGCUGAUCUCAUACUCUGUAAACGCGAUUAUCUCAGGAUGUUUGGGGCAACGGGUCUGUGCGCUGCGUGUAAUAAACAAAUCCCGGCGUUUGAAAUGAUUAUGAGAGCGAGAGGAAAUGUGUAUCACUUGGAAUGUUUCAAAUGCGAGGCCUGUUCUUAUAGGUUUUGUGUCGGCGACCGCUUCUACUUAUACGACAAUAAGAUAUUGUGUGAAUGCGAUUACGAGGAGCGGAUGGUACUCGCAAACGCUAAUCAAAUGACUUCUUUGGAUCACAUUAAAGGACAAACGCAAGAGUUGGUUGAGGUGUGCGACGGGUCCAGCGGUUAUGCGAAUGGGGACUCGCCUUUCGAAACCAAUCGGACAAAUACACGAAACAAGUUGUAUAAUAAUAAACAAUUUUGUCAAACAAAUGUGUCAGCCAACUAA